AUACACAAAAGUCCUUUAUCUGUGUGAAUGCAGUAGUAAAUUACUUUACAACAUGACCUGUGUACAAAAUGUCUGUUAACGAACGUUUAAUGAUAGUGUAUUCAUGGCAUUUAUUUGGUAAUCGAGACAUGAUCUUCAUUUUCCGUGAUCUAUAUUUGUAAAUAACUAAUGCAUACACGUGCAGUGACAUAUAUUACAAAUACAUGUAAACAAAGAGAAAAUGGAUAAAAAUCUUGAUAAUAAGGAUGACAAUGAAAGGAAGAAAGAUAGCCUUCCUGUCUUAUGCUCACAGAGAUGGAUAUUGUCAUACCUGUUCUUUUGGGGAUUUUUCUUUGCAUACUCAUUAAGAGUGAACUUCAGUGUGGCCAUCGUUUGCAUGUCGAAAUCACCAACAAACAAUUCAAGUUUAUCGAAGAUAUUGACUAAUAACAUUACACAGGAUCGAUGCGGGGCACUAGAACACACAAAUUAUACAAAUGAGAGAGCUGAAUUCGACUGGAAUAGGGAAACCAGGUCGUCACUUCUGUCUGCGUUUUUCUAUGGGUAUUUUGUAACACAAAUUCCAGGCGGUUGGUUGGCAGACAAGUUUGGGGGCAGACGUGUGUAUGGCACAGCUCUAGCUGUGGCCGGUAUAGCGACAGUCUUAAUUCCCGUAUGUGCUAGAACCCAUAUCAUCCUGUUGUACAUAUUGCGUGUAAUAUGUGGUUUAGCAAUGGGAACAUGCUCGCCUUCAGCCACAUCAAUGUGGGGAAGAUGGGGUCCUCGUCUGGAACGUACAAAGUUAACAGCCUCACAUCAAGUCGGUUCUAUGUUAGGCACUGUAGUUACAUUUUCUGCGUCUGGUGUAUUAUGUGAAUCAGGAUUUGACAACGGAUGGGGUUCCAUUUUCUAUUUGACAGGUGGUUUGACUUUGAUCUGGGUUUUUCUGUGGUUUUUCCUCACCCGAGACACCCCGAAUGAUCAUCCAAGAAUCACCGUAAUAGAAAGGAAUUACAUUGUCACAAAUAUUGAAUAUAAUGCUAAUAAAAGGACAGGAAAGGUUCCCUGGGUUGCCAUGGCGAAAUCUGUACCACUGUGGGCAAUAAUUAUCGGACAUACAUGUAGUAACUGGGGAAUAUAUACCAUAUGGACAAGCCUUCCUGAAUUUAUGAAGCAUGUCUUAAAAUUUGACAUAAAAGCUAAUGGUGCACUAUCUGCAAUACCUUAUAUAUGUGCUGCCUUCAUGGCUUUUGCAACAGCACAUAUAGCAGAUUUCUUGAGAAGUAGAAAAAUUUUAACAACAACACAAACUAGACGAUCUUUUCAGACGGCAGCAUUUAUUGGAGCAGGGAUAUUUCUAAUAGCAACUGGCUUUGUAGAAUGUGAGAAACGUGGACUUGCCGUAGUGUUUUUAUGUUUAGCAUUAUUGUUUACUGGUUUUGAGCGGGCUGGUUAUGCUGUUAAUCAUAUAGACAUCGCUCCUAAGUAUGGAGGUAUAUUGUAUGGUAUAACUAAUACUAUAGCAACUAUACCUGGUAUGGUUGCACCUGUUAUAGCUGGUGAACUGACCCCAAAUGAUACCUCUGAAGAAUGGAGGAAUGUAUUUUAUGUCACAGCAGCAUUUUAUGUACUUGGUGCUAUUAUAUAUUGUUGUAUAGCCAGAGGUGAAAUUCAGCCUUGGGCAUUAGAUAAGGAAAAUCUUAGAGAAACCGAAGUGUUUAUUUAGAAAAGCUGUAACAGCUAGGGAUUUUCCUUACAAAUUUGUAUUUUGUUGAUAUAUUUUAUUAAAGAGUUUGUUUGAUUUUAA